GUGGUACAGCACUGUAAAGUCUUCGGAAUCCCUGUCCAGCUAAGCCAGUCUUCUUGCUGCCGUCCUUCACCUAGCUGCUUUGAGAGAGAGCUCUUAAUCCAUCAGCCUGGACCAUACAUUAUGGUUUGCCUUAAGUAAUAUCCAGAAAGCUUAUUCAGUGGGCUCCUUUCUACUAAGCCGCGCUAGGUCGCCAGUUUCGAACGCGCAGAGUUCUAGUAUUCCGACCCAAGAUAGAGAUCCGAGUAGUUCCGUAUUCAGGUCCGUGCUUGACUUAUUCAGGUCGGUUUCACUCUCGCUACGCGCCGAGCUGGACCGACUGACACGCGACGCUGACAGGCUUUAUUUUCUGAAAAAAGCGAAAGUCAAUAGCUUUCUGGGGGAAGAAUAUUGAGUUCUCAAGAGGGGGUCUGAAACAUAUUAUUUAACAUAAAAGAAACGAUGAAAGAUAAGGAGCCGCAAGUGUAGGAUUAGUACGACUAGUAGUAUGAGAACGCCUUAAAGCGCUAACAUAUUUCGUCUUAUUUGUAGUCGCCACUAGCGUGGAGCGCUGGAACAUCUGUCAAGCCUAGUAGCGCAAGGAGAUGUCCUGGCAGGGUGAUUAUAACGAGCGGUUCUGGUGCCUGUGGGCGGCGACGCGUGCAGCAAGGACGCUCUGCGAUGGGCCGUGGCCAAUAAGAUCGCGCGGCCCGACGACCUGCUCGUGCUGCUCCACAUCGUCACCAAAGCGCCGGGUCCGGAUGGGUACGACGUGGGUCAGAGCGAGCUGUCCAAGACGUCGUUCGUGCAGCACGUGCGCACGGCCAUCAUGCCCAUGCUCUCGCAGCUUAAAGCGUCAGUCGAUCCCAAGGUGCGGGCUGGAGUUGAAGGUGGGGCGCAACGACUCGAGGGACGUGGGGGGAUAAUGGAGGAGGCGAUCAAGCUGCAGGCCACGUGCCUCGUGCUCGCCACUAAGGCCCGCGGGCUCUUCAGCAUGCGUAGCAAGCUGUCUGGCAGCACGAGCGCCUUCUGCCUGAAGCACCGGCCGCCCACCCUCUCAGUGGUCGUCGUCUCCAAGGACAAGGUUCUCCUCUCCAAGCACGGCGAGGCCACCCCCCCCGAGCGCUCACCCUCCCUCUCCCUCACGGGCAGCCCCCUCCCCGGGUCCCCCGCCCCCAAUAUCCCCUCCGCGUCCUCCUCCCCUGGGAGCAGCAGCCGCCAAAACAGCGAGAGCAGGUUCGAUCCUUCUCAGGGGGAAAGGGGAAAUAAGAGUCUGUCGGAACCCCUUUCUGUCCCCAUGCCCGAGUCAGACCUGCCUGGAGACUGUAUGGGUGGGUAUGGUGGUUGGAGCGAUGCCAACGAUGCAGCGUCGGCGGCACAUGCUGUGGCCAGGUCUCAGCAACGCACGGGCGUGUCAAAUGAGAGCAUGGCUGCGGCACACGGCAGUGUGGCAGGCGUGGGCUUCCCACACGUCCCUGCGUACCUGCCUCUGAAUGCAACCAAGGAUGAAUCCGGAGCUCAGUCCGCGAGGGAGCCUAGUCUUCUGAGCAGCACCGCCAGCAGCAGCAGCUUCAGUGUUACGAGCAGCAGUGGCAGCACGUUUACCAUGGGGAACGGGAGCAGCGCGAGCAGCAGGAAUGGCACAGGGAGUGAGGCCACAGGGUCUCCCAUUAGCAACGGCAGCAGUGGCAUCAGCAGCAGCACGGCUGGUGCCAAACCGAAGGAAGCAGCAGCAGCGGUGGCGGCUGCAGCGGUGGCAGCAGCAGCUGCAGCUGCAGUGGCUGAGGCGAAGGGCGAGGGCGGCAUGGGAGGGAAGGGAGAAGGGGCUCCAGAAGCGGCCAGUGGCAUGUGCUGCCGGUUAUACGCGUAUGAGGACAUCCAGAGAGCAACGGACGACUUCAGUCCACAGCUGCUCCUGGGGGAGGGUGGGUGCGGCACGGUGUACUCUGGGAUUCUGGGCGGCAGCAAGGUGGCCGUGAAGGUGAUCAAGACAGCUGAUGCCGACCGGGCGGCGAAGGAGUUUCAAAGAGAGGUGAGCCAGACCGGUCGGUCAGAGUAACUCCUCUUUCACAGAGCUUCUUUCAAGGUGGCAGAAAUAACCUCACGUGCUCUCUCUGCUACGGCCCGUGUUUCCCUCCAGCUUCGAUCCCCCUGAGUCCUCCUGACCCCAAUUGUUGUCCGUAUCACACCACUUGCCGCACAGGUCGAGCUGCUGAGCCAGGUCCAGCACCCCACAGCAUGUCCCUCCUCAACUGCUGCCCCGCUAGCUACGUUGGAAAAAACGCGUUUGGCGUUUUAAACGCUAGCGUCUAAACGCUAGCGUUUAAACGCAAAACGCUUAGCCAGGAGUGGAGCAAACGCU